GAGCAUGCUGAGUGUGAAGACCGAGUCUGAAUUUGCAAGUUCUGCAUAUCUCUAUUGGCAAAUCAUAAUACUGGUGGUCAACAGGCAUUUGGAGGGACACAGAACUAGUCACAAAAUGCUGCUCUCUCUGACUCCACAGCUACGUAGCGGACAAUGUUCAACUCCAGGUGGACUUCAGCCUUCCUUAACCUGUCCCUGAAUGCUCAAACAAUAUCUCUGUAUUCUUGCUGGGUCAUCUGUCCUUGCUGCCACAUCUUGUAUGCUUUCUCACAUUGGAGCUCCUCGGUCAUCUACGCAGGCCUUCUACUACUCUUGCUUGAAUUCCUGUUCAUUGGGAUGGACAAUUCUUGAGUUUGGAGGAGGUGAUCUUUGACAAUCAGCCAACUCUCUAGAAUCCUUCUCUCUGUGACCUUAUCCCAUGGCUCUUCUGAGGCCUGGGACUGUGAUUCAGCUGUUUGUCUUGUUCCACUCAAGAUCCUUUUAGCGAAGCACUGGAACAGGUCACCCAGAGAGGUUGUUGAUGCCCUGUCCCCAGAGACAUUCAAGGUCAGGCAGAACAGGGCUUUGAUCUAGCUGUAGGUGUCCCUGGUCAUUGCAGGGGAGUUUUUCCAGAUGACCUUUAAAGGUCCCUUCCAACUCAAAUAGUUUGAGUUUGACUCAAAUCAUCAUCUAUGAUUUGAUGAUCCUCAACUCCUCUAUCUCAUGGGCACUGCAGCCAAAGCUUCUUCCAAGCUUCAUGUUCCUGUCAAGUUCUUCCUUGUUGGUAAGCAUCAGGUCCAACAGGGCACAUCCCCUUGUCAGCUUCUCCAUCACCUUUAUCAGGAAAUGUAAUCACUGCACCCUGGAAAACUUCUGGAUUGCUUGUGCUCUGCUGUGUGACAUUAGGGCAGUUAACAUUUCAGUUAUUUUAGAAUUCAUGCCUGUCUCACUGUCUGGAACAGAGCAAGAUAUGUAAUGGGAAGUGGUAUUUGUGGGCAGGUAGACUUGGGUGCAAAAAGAAAGUGCUACAGAUGUAUACUUGGCUGCUAACAUCUUAAUAUGGAAAGUAAUUGCUUGCAGUAUGUGAUAAGAUGCAUUUGGUAUCGUGAAGAUGGUAGAAUAAUCCUGUUCUAAUGUUGACCGUGACCCAGAUCUGAGAGUUACAGUUUGCUAAGCAAUAAUGUGAGAAAAUAGUGUCAUUCAGACUUCUCAGUGAUUUGAAACUAUGUAAAGAUGGGAAAGAAGCUUAAAAUACAUUUCAAUAGUAGAAAGCUAACAAGCUUUGAUAGCGCCUUUGAUGUGCCAUCGUUCCUGCAAACCUGCUUUUGAUGUCUUAUUUCAUGCAAUAAAGCUGAAGUAAAUCUUAAUAAAAAUUACAAUAUCAGUAAAAUAUCCUCCUGUGACUGUAUAUGGAAAACCCUUCUUGCAAAAUAAUGAGAGCUGAAGAGCUGCUGUGUUCCCGAAGAUAGAGAACCAUGAGCCUUGAGUGGAAAAUUCUAGCACCUUUGUCAGACUAAAGGCUCUGGGAGUAAUGUUGGUGCUGGGCAGACUGUAUUUGCUGAAUCAGAACAUUGGACCAAUUGUGGCUAGCUUUGAGCACUUAGGUGGAGCUUGUUUAAUUUCUGUGCAGUAACCCUUUUCUAGGAAAGUAUUGAUGUACAGUCAAAAACUAAGCAGCUCUGGGUUAGCGCCCUUAGUUGAAGGCAAACAUGUGCUUAAACGCCUUGCUGGACUUGAGCCCAAAGGCUGAGUUCCCAGUUAGGGCUUUUCCCCAUUAUUUAAAGGGAUCAAACUGCAAGUAACAUCUCUACCCAGAUUAGAAUAAUUGCUGUAAGAUUUGGUUUAAAAUACAUGUAUUUUUUCCUUAUUAGCUCACAGUGUAUCAAAAACAUCAGUGUCAUCUCUUCUCAAAUUCUGGGUUACAAGAAUUUAACUGAAAUCUGUCUUUUAUUUUCAAAGGCAAUUUGGAACUCAGUUUUUCCUGGGCUUCACUUCACUGUAUUUGUGUGUGCUUUCUGUCGUCAAAUGUAGUGGUAGCCAGAAUCCUUACUUAAUGAGGUAGCAGUUCUGUUGUUUUGCUCCCAUAAACAUGGGGUACAAAAUGUCCAGGGGUAUCACCCUGGAGAGAAGAAGAGUCCUGGAGAGCUCUGAAUUAUGAGUCAGAGUUCAGGUUGUGAAUAGCUGUGAUUCAGAGUUACGUUUAUAGAAGUAACCACCACAGGGCUAAGUAAUGAGCAGAGCAUGUCCUGAACAUGUUCAGAUGUUUAUGGCAGUGGCACUCCAUUUUAGUGGGUGUAGGGCUGGGAACAGCAGUAUCAUAAAGUCAUAAAGGCUGGAAAAGACCAAUAAGACCAUCUAAUCCAACUGUCAGCCUGUCAUCACUGUGCUCACUAAACUGUGUCCCAAAUUGCUACAUCUGCACAUUUCCUGAACAUCACCUCCCUGUGCAGCCUGUUCCAAUACCUCACCACUCUUUCUGCCACCUGAAGAAACCAUGCCUUGAAACAAGAGUUCUUUGAAAGCAGUGAAUUGAACGUCCUUCAGAUACUUGCUGUAUGGAGAAAGAAGCCUCUGAAAGAGGGAAGAGAAAGCAGGGUUUUGCUGUGGAGACUGUAGAGCAUUUCUUCCUUGGCUCCUGCUCAGUGAGAUCAGCUAUGGAAGAUGCUCAAGAAAGUGGAGAGUGUCUUGUGCAAAACCAGAAGUAUUGUGUGGAGAGACCAAUAUAUAACCAAGAGAUCUUGCAAGGACAGUUGCACAAACGAGAAAGAACACCUCAGAGUUUGAGGCAGAAAAUUGAACACUCUUGUCGAUGCUCUUCUAAGAAAGCCAAGUCUCAUCUUUACAGUUUCUUACCAAUUUUAAAAUGGCUUCCCCGUUACCCAGUGAAGGAAUACUUAUUAGGAGAUAUUAUCUCAGGUAUAAGCACUGGAGUUAUGCAGCUUCCUCAAGGUUUAGCUUAUGCUUUGCUGGCAGCUGUUCCCCCAGUAUUUGGCCUAUAUUCUUCGUUUUAUCCUGUCUUUCUGUAUACUUUUUUUGGGACCUCCAAGCAUAUAUCAAUAGGCACUUUUGCUGUGAUUAGUAUGAUGGUUGGCGGGGUUGCUGUGAGACAAGUGCCUGAUGAAGUGAUCUCUGUAGGCUAUAACUCAACUAACGCUACAGAUGCCUCAGAUUACUACAGUCUUAGGGAUGACAAGCGGGUGCAAGUAGCUGUGACCCUCGCCUUUCUUUCAGGAAUUAUCCAGUUGUGUUUAGGUUUUCUUCGAUUUGGGUUUGUCGCCAUCUAUUUAACAGAGCCUCUGGUGCGAGGAUUUACUACUGCUGCUGCAGUUCAUGUCUUCACUUCACAGUUAAAGUAUCUGCUUGGAGUAAAGACUAGCCGAUACAGUGGACCCCUCUCAGUUGUAUACAGCCUAGUUGCUGUGUUUUCAAAAAUAACAACAACCAAUAUUGCUGCACUGAUUGUUGGGUUAACGUGCAUUGCUCUAUUGCUGAUUGGCAAGGAAAUCAAUCUCCGAUUUAAGAAGAAACUGCCAGUUCCUAUUCCUAUGGAGAUCAUUGUGGUCAUUAUCGGCACAGGAGUUUCAGCUGGAAUGAAUCUGACUGAGUCAUAUGGAGUGGAUGUUGUUGGGAAAAUUCCUCAAGGGUUAAGUGCACCAGCAGUUCCUGAGAUUCAACUCAUCCCAGCAAUAUUUAUAGAUGCAGUAGCAAUAGCAAUAGUUGGAUUUUCAAUGGCUGUAUCUAUGGCCAAGAUCUUUGCCCUUAAACACGGUUACACCAUUGAUGGGAAUCAGGAACUUAUUGCCUUGGGAAUAUGUAACUCUGUGGGGUCGUUUUUCCAAAGCUUUCCAAUCACUUGUUCAAUGUCCCGAAGUCUCGUUCAGGAAAGCACUGGUGGGAAAACUCAGAUUGCAGGUGCACUCUCUUCAAUUAUGGUUCUGUUGGUAAUUGUGGCAAUUGGAUACCUCUUUGAGCCACUUCCACAGACAGUGCUGGCUGCAAUUGUAAUGGUGAACCUGAAAGGAAUGUUUAAGCAGUUUGCAGACGUUGCACACUUCUGGAGAACCAGUAAGAUCGAACUGGCCAUCUGGGUGGUAGCUUUUGUGGCUUCUCUUUUCCUGGGACUAGACUAUGGUUUGCUUACUGCAGUAGCAUUUGCAAUGAUAACCGUUAUUUACAGAACACAAAGGCCUCAAUACAGAAUCCUUGGUCAGAUUCCUGACACAGAUAUCUACUGUGAUGUGGAAGAGUAUGAAGAGGUUAAAGAAUAUCCUGGAAUAAAAAUAUUUCAAGCUAAUACGUCACUUUAUUUUGCCAAUAGUGAGUCGUACACAAGUGCACUGAAGAAAAAGACUGGAGUGGACCCUUGUGCCAUAUUAGCAGCAAGAAGAAAGGCCCAGAAGAAGCAUGCCAGGGAGAUAAAGAAGGCCAAUAAAGUCAAAAAGAAAGCUGUACUGAAGCUAGUGAAUUCUUCGACUAAUGAUGUGGAAGCGAGCGUAAAACAUGAGAUAGCAAAUGAUGGGUUACCUGCAAAUGGAAAAUUUGCAUUUGUGGAUGCUGGUGUACAGGAUGGGUCUCCUGAUGAGCUUGAACACUUUGUGGAGCCCAAAACAAAUGUCCACUCUUUAAUUCUGGAUUUCGCCCCAGUGAACUUUGUGGAUUCAGUUGGAGCAAAAACAUUAAAAUCAGUUAUAAAAGAAUAUAACGAAGUUGGUGUCUGUGUCUGUAUUGCCAGCUGUAGUGGCCCAGUUAUGAAUGAGCUGACAAGACUGAAUUUUUUUGAUAACACUGUAACAAGAGAGUUGCUGUUUCACAGUAUUCAUGAUGCUGUCCUUGCUUGCCAAGGGAAAGACAGGUCUGCUUCACAGACUGCCUUAGACCACUGAAGAGCAGCAACUGGCAAAAUGGACGUUGGAUUUAUGCUGAUAGAGACUUUCUUUGAAUAUUCAAUUUGCACAGGUUAAAGAGCACCUGAGGCUGUCUGUAUCUACGGGUAUCGAGUGGGGCUUACUUUCUGUAGGAAGAGUGGACAAAGAAUUGGAAGCCUUCAUGCUCUUGAAUUUUUUCCUUCAAUCAGGGUAUAGCCGUUCAGUGACGUGACCUUACAAUUAUGCAAGAUGAGAAAAGUUAUUGUAUUAUGCUACAAUCAGAAUCUGAUAGACAAGGUGACAUUCCUAUUCCUGUUGAGAAAAUGGGCACUUUAACUCACUUGCAGAAGAUAACCGUUCUGCAGUUCCAAUGUACUGUACCAGUGUCUUUACAGAACUUUCUUAAACAGCUUUUUAAAGCCUGAUGUCAACAUCUGCAUACCAGAUUUAUGUAAACUAGUACUCUGCCAGCUGGAUCAAUGAAUUCACACUGGUGACAUUAGCUGCUCUUCUUUUUAAAUCUCGAUGGUACCAUUUUGUUUAUUUUAAAUAUCUAACUUGUCCCAAAUGUACUGAUCCCUUCAUUGCCCAAGUAUUUUCACUGUGAGUUUCAUAUUAGAAAACCAUUGUUUAAUAAUUAUGUUACCAAUAUGGUACUUACACUGCCAAAACUUAGUUAUACCUUCUAGAAAAUAAUACAACUCAUUUUAAGAGAAAAUUAUGUUGUCCUCAUGUUUGAAGACGAAACUCAUUUAUGCCAGGAAUGAGGUCUGUUAAAAUUGACUUAAGAACUGAUGCCCUAUAUGCAGUCUCUUAAGCUGGAAUAGAAGGUUAGACAAAGUCUGAAGUCUCAGAGGUCCAAAAGAGAAGUACUUUUCCAUUGCCUGAGAUGUCUUUAUACCUACCAGCACAGCUGCUUCUGCCUCAGCUUUUAAGUGUUUGUGAAAUAGAUUUCCAUAGAACUCAGAACUGCAUUUGGCUAUUUUUAAUGAAAAAGUAGGUUCUUUUUUCUUUCUUUUGUCUUUACAACCUGGCCACUAUAGUACUGUUUAACUUCAGGUAUAAAACAUAAAGUAUGGAAACAAUUCAGGCAAAAGAAUGCCUGUUAUUCCCCAAACUAUCAGUAUGAAUCUGGUUAGAGGUAGGAACGUGGAAGUGUUCCUCUAUGAGCUGUUUCAAUAGCACGUGGGCAGUGGAGGAGGGUCAGUGCUGUUUCAUUUUGCACCCUCAAAGCAAAGGUCCUGUGCAUACAGAAGUUCAGACAACUUCCUCUCUUCUUAGUGCAGAACUGGCUACUUCUUAUUUUGGUUCACGCUGUUGCAAUUAUGGUUUGCUUCAGGUAAACCGAGUUUCCCAAGAACCAGGGGCAACGGGAAGAUGUCUUCUUUCCUCCAAAUCCCCUGCCACCGGGGAUAGGAAGCUUUCUGCAUCAGAAGAUAUUGCUUAGCUGGAGUUCAAAGUAUGAAUGCACGUUAACACAGUGUGUGUUUACUUACACAACCUUGGGUACAUUUUAUAAUGUUUACUAGUUUAACAAGCCUUUGUAUCUGCAUACAGUAUAUAUUUUUCUACUUUCAGCUUCUUGCAGCUUCGGUUUUUAACUAUGUAGUCUCUUCUGUUCACAUCAAAAUCCUGUCAGAUUCUGAAAUAAAGUGAUUAUCGAGA